UGUCAUUUUUUCUUUAACUGACUUUUUCAGUUGAUCUAACUUUCAAUGCAUACAAACGGAAAGUGGUAUUUCAUGAGGCUUUGAGCAAAGAGUACCGGUGAAUUCAUGCAAGGAAGAGUUGAAAGAGGAAUAGAAAACAGUGAAGUUUCUGGAUGGACAGUCACCUCUGUACCCCAUUCAAAACAGAGAGACACAGACUCCUGUGGUGUGUUUGUAAUAAAGAACAUUAAUGCUGGGAUGGACACCAGACAUGAUAAAGCAGGAGAGAGAGAGAAUAGCUCUGAGGAUAUUAAAGUUUGGGAUGGUUCCAGAGACAACUCCAGUGGAUUCUGACCAUGUCAGUGAUUACUCCGAUGUUCAGAUAACAAAUGAUGAGCAGAUUCAAACACCAAUAGUAAUUCACUCUAAAAAAAGGAAGGAAAACAUGAAAAGAAAACCUACGGAAAAGGGUGAAAACAUGAAAGGAAAACAUACAGAAAAGGACAAAAACAUGGAAGGGAAAUGUACAGAAAUGGAUGAAAACAUGGAAGGGAAAUGUACAGAAAACGGUGACAACGUUAAAGGAAAACAUACAGAAAAGGGUGAAAACAUGGAAGGGAAAUGUACAGAAAUGGGUGAAAACGUGGACAGAGAAUGUACAGAAAUGUGUGAAAACAUGGACGAAAAAUGUAAAGAAGAGGGUCAAAACAUGGACGGAAAGUGUACAGAAAAGGGUGAAAACAAGCCUGCAGAAAAAAGACUUGGGAACAAAAAGGUGAAGCUGAGGAAUAUUAGAAGUCAUGAGAGAAAGUCAUUUGUCUACCCAAAAUUAAAAAGAGCCACCAGAACGUACUGUGUUUGCCAGAAGCCUGACGAUGGCAGGAAGUACUGGCAAUGUGACACCUGCUCUGAAUGGUUUCACCCAGAAUGCUUAAAUGUCACAGAAGAAACAGAGGAUUUCUAUUGUAACAACUGUUCAAACAAGCCUACCGAUGAAGAUGCAAAGUUGAAGGCGAAAUCAGAAGGAAAAAACAAUGACAACAAGGAAAUUUUGGACUCUAAUGAUGACAGGGAUGUAGAGAUAGUCAAGGAAGAGAAAGACUGGUGUAAAAAUUACAACAAAAUCCUACAUGAGUUGAAAGACACAGUAAUUUGUGAUAACCGACAAUGUGACAACUUAGAACAUUUGCGGCAUCACAAAUUUUGCAAAGACACAGAAAAUUUCAUACAGACUUCCCAGAAACAGCAUCAUUUUGGCCGUGAUUUUUUCACAAUUGAGCAUGAGCAAUGGCUAUACAUGAAGAUGGCUAAGGAUUUGCUUUGCACAAAGAGAGAUCCAAGCUUUCCAGUAACAGGCCUGCCGAUUACAACCCUUAAUAUAGUGAAAGAAAACUCGAGGCUCGAUAGGGUUUUAAAAGACUUCAAGUUAGUUGGAACUAAGUACAUUAUGUACGUUUUAGUUAAAGACUAUAUGGUAUUGUCAGUUAGCUUCGAGAAGAACUGGCCUUUAGAAAAAUCUGAGAACGAAUGCCUAAAAACGGAAGUGAACCUUAGCGAUAUUAUUAAGAGAAACAAGAAGCAUCGCUGCUAGUUUUACUGGAGACAUUUUUAGCUGGACUAUACACAGAAUAUGGAAAGUUUUUCUUACACUUUCUCUUUUUGUCAAGCCCGCUUGUGCAUGCGAAGACAUAGUUGUCCAAAUGGCUGUUUGGUGCGUGUGUCCAUCCGGAUUUGUUUGUCCGGACCAUAACUUCGACAUGUAUGUAGCAAUCUCGUUCAUAUUUGGCAUGAAUGUUAACCUCAGUGACACGAAGUGUCAUGCACAGACUGCAGGUUCCUAUCUCAAAGGUCAAGGUCACACUUGGAGGUCAAAGGUUCAAUUCAAUCAUGACUUUGUACGGAGCAUUUCUUCUUCAUGCAUGGAGGGAUUUUGAUGUAACUUGGCACAAAUGUUCACAACCAUGUCACAGAGAGUCAUGAGCAAGAACAAGGACCCUAGGUCUAAGGUCAAGGUCACACUUACAGGACAAAGGUCAAAUACAAGAAUGACUGUCCAGAGCAUUUCUUUUUCAUGCAUGGAGGGAUUUUGAUGUAACUUGGCACAGUUGUUCACCAUCAUGAGACGUAAUGCAAGAACAUAGAAUGACUUCCCUUUGUUGUUACUAUUUUUUUAUGAAGUGGAAUAUUUCUAUCACUAUCAAAGCUAUUGACUUGAAAGUUAAAAUAGUAGUUUACUACUGAAAGUCAACACCAGGAGAAACACUCUCCAUAACUCUGACUCUGAUUUGAAUUUUGAUGGAGUUAAGCCCCUUUUAAACAUAGAAUUGUUUAGUUAAAAGUAUUACAGACUUUUUACUGGCAAAGCUCUUAUUCAGAGUCAAGCACUGCAAAAAGUCGAGCGUGCUGUCUUACGGACAGCUCUUAUUUGUUAGACUGUUGGAAGAACAGGGAGGGCUAACUAUAUUGAAUUAUUUAUUAUCAUGAUUCCUAUCUGUAGGCAAUAAUACAUCACUUUGUCAAAUGUUUUGGCUACAUUAUGGCCCUUUUUAGACUUAAAAAUCGGUUAAGUUUUUGGUACCAGUCUGUAUUAUGCCUAACCUGUUUCUGUGAAACUUGGACCACUUGUUUACACUGUUCAUAGCCUGUAUUAUGCAUAACCUGUUUCUGAUAGAGCUGUGAAACUUUGACCACUUGUUUUCACUGAAGUUCAUAGUCUACUUACAUAGAACAAGGCAUUUAGUUCAGUAAUGGCCCUUUUCUGGACAUAGGAAGUAGUAAAGUUUAGCAUACCAUUCAAUAUUUAUACUAUCAACUAUUUGAAAUAAGGCUUUGAAAUUUAGAUAUAUUCAAAGUAUGCACAUUUUUAAGUUAUUAUAUAUUGUAUGGUUUUAUUAGAAAAGAAUGUUUUGCAGUUAUGGAUGUUCAAAUUUUUAUGAUUAUAAUGAUUGACAGGCUUUUGUUGUUGAACUGAUCUUUUUUUUUAAAAAGCAAGUUGUGGAUUUAAAGUGUUUGACAAUGAUAUUGUUCAUCCUUGUGCAACUUUCCUUGUACUUAUUGAAAUAUGCUAUGUUAAUACAUAUUCAUUUCAUACACUGUAAAAAAUUACAGUUAUAGUAUUAUAAUAAAAUGAUUGUUCUAUUGUCUUAUGUAAACAUUUCUUGCAUGACCACUUUUUAGCUCAACUUUUAUAUGAAUAUAUAAUAGUGGAGCUAUCCUACUCGCCCUGGCAUCAGCGUGAGUGUGAGCGUCACACAAAUGUUAAGAGAUGCUGAGGUAUAAGUAAAGGCUACUAAUAAGGUGAAGGAUUCUGUUGUGUUUUUUUUGCACUUUUUCAGUGCAAUAUAAAGCUAUGAUAAUUACAUUAUGACACAACACUUUUUUACCAUCACCAUGCCUUUUAACAUAGAAAUCUUGGUUAAGUUUUUUGUACCAGUUCACAUUUUGUGUAAAGUGUUUGACGUCUGCUUUGAAACUUUUAUGACUUGUUUAUAAUAACAGUCUUUAUCUGUAGGCAAGAGUACUUAACUCUGUCAACUAUUUUGACUGAAUUAUGGCCCUUUUGGGACUUGGAAAUUAGUACUAAUUUUGUGCAAGUCCAUGUUUUGUGAAAACUAUUUGACAUGAGGCUUGAAAGUUUGAACAAUUAUUCAUCAUCAUGAUUUACAUGUAUAUCUAUAGACACGAGUACAUAACUCUGUCCACUAUUUUGGAUGAACUAUGGCCCUUUUUUGGAAAUCAGUUAAGUUUUUCGUACCAGUCUAUAUUAUGCCUAACCUGUUUGUCAUAUAGCUUUGCAACUUUGACCACUUGAUUAUAAUGAUUGACAGGCUUUUGUUGUUGAACUGACUUUUUUAGCUCAUCUGAUUUUUUAAAAAAAAAUGAUGAGUUAUUGUCAUCACUUGAGCGGGCGUCGGCAUUGCCUGGUUAAGUUUUAUGUCUAGGUCAGCUUUUCUCCUAAACUACCAAAGCUAUUGCUUUAAAACUUGGAACACUUGUUCACCAUCAUAAGCUGACCCUGUAUAGCAAGAAACAUAACUCCAUCCUGCUUUUUGCCAGAUUUAUGGCCCCUUUUGUACUUAGAAAAUAUCUGAUUUCUUGGUUAAGUUUUAUGUUUAGGUCAACUUUUCUCCUAAACUAUCAAAGGUAUUGCUUUGAAACUUGCAACACUUGUUCACCAUCAUAAGCUGACCCUGUACAUCAAGAAACAUAACUCCAUCCUGCUUUUUGCAAAAAUUAUUGCCCCUUUUGGACUUAAAAAAUUAGUUUUCUUGGUUAACAUUUUUUAAAAUCUUCUUGUCUUAAAGUUCCAAGGCCUAUGCCUUUGAUAUUUUGUAUGUAUCCUUGCCUUGUUUGAAUUAUUCCCCUGGAGUGAAGAGGCCGAGCCCCAGGGGUCACUUGAUAUAUGAGUUAUAUAGGAAAAAACAGUUCAAAAAUUAUCAGAUCAUAUUUCCUAGACUGUUUAAUUAUAUUUACCCGAUGACCCCAAGUGAUGAGGGUCAUCUGACUGUGACCUUGACCUACUGAUCUACUUCCUUUUUUUUUUAAGAUGCAGCCUUGAAAUUUGGAUGACAUGUGCAGUUUUGCACAAUAAUCUUUAAACUGACUUUUAGUGACCAUGAAUAUGACCUACUGCCCUACUUUCUUGUUUUUGAAGUGUUAUUAAAGACAUUUGUUCAAGCAAGCAACUUAACUCAGGUGAGCGAAACAGGGCCAUCAUGGACCUCUUGUUUUAAAGAAGACAGUUGUACAUUUAAUGUUUUUGACAAUGAUAUUGUUCAUCCUCCUACAACAUUCUUUGUACUUAUUGAUAUAAGCUAUAUUAAUACAUAUUCACUGUAUAUGAUAAAAUGUAUCAAAUUACAUGUUCUGUAGUAUUACAAUAAAUCGAUUGUUCUAUUGUCUUCUGUAAACAUUUUUCUUGUAUGAACACUUUUUCAAAGUACUUUUCAGAAAACAUGAUACUGAGAUAUAAUAAAAGGAUAAUAAGGU